AAAUUAGGCCCAGCACCACCAAAGGCCUAAUUAUUCUCACUUUUACAGCCCGGUCCAGUUCAUUAGAAAUAUACGAUUCAUACCUUCUUCUCUUCUUUUUACCGUUAAACAUUUAGAGGAUUACAGUUUCUAUCAAAACUCUGAUUUCCCCACUACAUUUAAGCAUUCAUGUCUGCAUGUGUUUGAAAUUCGAAUCCCACACACUUCUUUUUCAACCGCUCCAAUUUUCUCAACUAUUUCUCCACACUUAAUCAUCGUGUUCUUCAUUUUUCAAUUUUAUUAGUUUUCUCUAUACUAUGGUGAUUACUAGGUCUGUUUCCAAAAAAUCUCCUAAAUCUACGGCUGUAAUGCCUAAAAUUAAGAAUCCUUCAAGCAAACGAAAGAUUGAGUUUGCUGAGAGUAGUGGUCACAAAAGGAGAGUUGUUGUUGAAGACGACGAUGAUGAUUUCGAAAAUGUUAUAGUUUCGAAAAAAAAAAUUGCUAAAUCUGUUCUUCCUUCUAGUUCAAAGGCUGUGCGUACCGUUAAGGAAUGGGAUUUUUUCAUCAGGCCUGAAGAUCAUUUUCAUUCAAAGGUUUCUCAUAAUGAGGGUGUCGAUGUCAUUUCUAAUAUUAAAAAGAAUUUAACCCCUGAAACUUUGGAGAGAUUUUCACAAACUUGUUUUGGAAAGUUUUUAAAUAUGCAAGAAUUUUUAAUUCAAGGCCAAUUGAUCCACUGUUUGCUUCUUAGAGAGGUAAAACAGCCUGUGUUUUAUGAGUUAUGGAUCAAAGUUUCUGGUCAGUUGUUAAAAUUUUCUAUUGAUGAAUUUGCUUUAAUAACUGGACUGAAAUGUGUUGGUAGUGUUGAUCUCAAGUUGUACAAAAAUGAGACUUCUGAUUUUAAAACUAACUGUUUUGGAAAUAUAAAGAAAGUUUCAAAAAAGUUUUUGGAAUAUAGUUUUCUUUCGAAGCGUUGGAGUAACGAGGAAGAGGCUUUUCAAAUGGCUGUCUUGUAUUUCAUUGAAAUAUUUUUAUAUAAUAACAAAAGUGAGUCAAAUGUUCGUGAUGCACAUUUUAACCUUGUUUGUAGUGGUGACUUUGAAAAUUUCCCAUGGGGAAAAGAUUUGUUUCAUGCUACUUUGGAGUUUUUAAAAAGUAAACUCAGUUUAUGGAAAAACUGUGAUUUUUUAAAGAAAAAAUCACGAUCUUCUGAUACCCGACCUUCAAGCCGAUAUGACGGAUUCCCUUUGGCCUUCCAAACUUGGUUUUUCGAGUGUUGCCCUGCUCUCGAAGGUGGAAUAGCUUCUUGUUGUGGAACUGAAAUUCCUCGCAUUUUGCGUUGGAAGGUUACAACUCUUCAGAGUUGGUCUUAUUUGUGCCGAAACCUCUUUGAUCAAUCUGCUGAACAGUUAAAAUUAUGCAAUAUUACACCAACCGUUGAGGAGAGGACGUUGUUGAACUUAGAGGGGCUGUUUUUAAAAGGAAAGCGUAAAGUCGAAAUGGAGCUAGAGGAUAGUGAAGGAGUUAAUUUUAAAACCAAAAUUAAUAAAUUGGUUUUGAAUCAGUCGAAGAUGUUCAAUGAGUUUGCUGCUAUCAAGACAUUCAUAGAGACUGAAUUCUUUGAUGUCAAGAAUCAAUUGGUUGAAUUGAAAAGUCUAAUCACUGCGGCUGCUCGUCAAGAUACUGUCGAGGUAAACAUUUAG